CAAAGCUGUUGGCUAUUGGGUUUUCGACGCUGCCUUCGCUUUUUUGCUUUGCUUACUGGUUUUUCUUCGUGCGAUUCAUUGUGCAGGAGCUUCGGGCCUCUACCCACCAGGAUUUAGUGCUUUUCUUCGGACAAUUUUGCUUGGAAACCGCGUAAAUGCAUUAUCGAGGGAUUAUUUGGAUUGCGCCCUGACGGAUUAUGGCACGAAUGGGAGAAGAUGCUGUAGUGGAUGCUGCACUGCACCUGCACUAGGUAAUGCAAUGGAUGGACCAUCUAAAGGUCUGAGAGUUGAAGACCAAGAAGCGAAAAAACAAUGCUUACCGGAAAAUUUCCCAAGUUCUAGCACAUAUGAAAUGGACAACAGUACAGUUUGGUCCCAGAGAAGCAUUGCAUCAGCCAAGUCUCAUGAUUCCCACAGCAAUAUUGGGAGCAGUAGAGACUUUGUAAAUUCUGGUCUGCUUCUUUGGAACGAGACCAGGAAGCAAUGGGCUGGAAAUAAAUUGUCCGAGAGCCAAAAGCAAGUUCGAGAACCGAAAAUAAGUUGGAAUGCUACUUAUGAGAGCUUGUUAGGAACGAACAAGCCGUUCCCCGAGGCCGUGCCUCUUGCUGAGAUGAUAGAGUUUCUUGUUGAUGUCUGGGAGCAGGAGGGUCUGUAUGACUGAGCCUGCAAUUCAAGGGGAGUCUUCAUAUUGUUUAAACUUAUGCAGCUUGAAUUUUUCGCUGCUGAAUCUAUAUGUUCGAUUAUGCUCGAUCGCGAUGCUUAUAGUAUACAAAUAAUAGCGUUUAUGUUGAAUUUAUGCUAUAAUCAAGAAUGGUAUCAUGGUUAUAAAAUUUUUAGUUUUAGAUUA